AUGGUGUUUACAGGAUGCAGGAAUCUGGUGCGGAAUUAUCUGCCCCAGCCCAAAAACACCGACCGCUGGACUGAGAAGAGGUCUCUGUUUGGUGUAUAUGAUAACAUUGGAAUAUUAGGUGACUUUAAAGCCCACCCCCACCAGCUGAUCAUAGGACCCUCGUGGCUGCGAGGCUGGAAGGGAAAUGAGUUACAGAGGUGCAUAAGGAAGAAGAUGAUGGUUGGAAACAGAAUGUUCUAUGAGGACAGACACAACCUGAACAAGAGGAUCCGCUUCUUGUACAAGAGGUUUAACCACUAUGGGAAACACCGCUAA